AUGAACGUGGGCACCCCAACGGCGGGUGGCCCAUCGCUCUCUUUUCAGCUUCUGCUGUACGGUUCUGCUGGUUGGAGCGGCAUCUGGUUCGUCGUGACGCUGGGGCUCCUCAUCUACAAGGGGAGCAUGCUGCAUUUUCCUCCUGCAGCGCUACCAAUGGAAAUUGUUUCAGCACUUUUGCUGCUCGUCAUAGAUUUUGCCGCUCUGUCUCUUGGUACACGUGGGAAUCUUGCGGAGGAAGUGGGCACAUCAUGCCUGGCCAUUGGCCUCUUACUUGUGGCUGCGGUGGGGGCCAUUUAUUACAUGUGGUUACAGACGUAUGUCAUGAUGCUCGACUUGGCUUUCUCCGCUAUACUCCUUGGUCUCAACGUCUUGGCGGUAUUGGCAGGGGUCUACGCUGUGCAAGGCGUAAUAAGGGCGAAACAUAGCCCGCGCCAGAGGUUUGCACCGCAACCACAUGGCCUACCGAGUUUUAUGCGGGAUAAAGUGAAGCGGCACAAGGAGGACUAG